AUGCAAUUACAGAUUGGUGGAAAUAAUCAAUCCAAGCGUGUAUUCUGGAUUGAUGGCGGUAUUCACGCACGUGAAUGGGCUGCGCCACAUACGGCCUUAUAUUUCAUUCAUCAAUUAACAUCAAAAUAUGGACAUGAUAAACAAAUUACAAAAUAUGUUGACGAAUUAACUUGGGUUAUUGUACCAUGCUUAAAUCCUGAUGGAUAUGAAUUUACACGUUCGUCAACUAAUCCAAAUAUUCGAUUAUGGCGUAAAAAUCGUUCCUCAUUUGUCUGUGAGAAAGAUCAAUGGGGACGUAAUCGCUGUUGUCGUGGUGUUGAUUUGAAUCGAAAUUUUGAUUUUCAUUUCAAAGAAAGCGGUUCAAGUGAUGAUCCAUGCGCUGAAAUUUAUCAAGGCAAAGCACCUUUUAGUGAACCAGAAACACGAGCAGUACGUGAUGCAAUAAUGUCAAAUCGUUAUCGUGGACGUAUCGAUGCAUUUAUAACAUUGCAUACUUAUUCACAACUUUGGAUUCAUCCGUAUGGUCAUCGUAAGGAUACAUAUCCUGGUGAUAUACAAGAUUUAUAUAAAGUUGGUAAGAAUGCAACAGAUGCACUUAGCAAACUUUAUGGUACAAAAUAUAUUGUUGGCAGUGGAGCUGAUACAUUAUAUCCAGCAUCUGGUGGCUCUGAAGAUUGGGCAAAACAAACAGCAGGCAUAAAAUAUGUUUACUUAUUGGAAUUACGACCCGAUGAAAAAAAUUGGGAUGGAUUUAUUCUCGAUGAACGACAAUUAAUACCAACAGCAACUGAGACAUGGGCAGGCAUACGGGUAGUUGCUGACGCAGUAAUCGAACGAGCAAAUCGUAAAGCUAUCAGAAUUAAUGACACUAUCAAGCAAGAAUAUCGUUUUGGUAAUGGCAGUGCUGGUUCAUGUUACGAUUUACGUCAUGCAUGUAAACGAUGGGUUCAGGAAAAAGAAUCAAUUUGUAAAACGGUACCAAUUUUUAUGCGAGAACAAUGCGCCUAUUCAUGUGGUCAUUGUUAA